UUCAUAGCUCUGCUUUGUCAGUCAAUGCAAUGACGAUGAGUGCUUCAGCGCCAAUCUCGCUCAGUCACCACACUGCGCGCACUGCUGCCGCCGCCGCCGCCGCGUCGUCGUCGUCGUUUGGUGCUAUUAACAGCAGCAGCAGCCACAGCAUUCUGGAUGUGCCUGGACGCCUUGAGCGGCUGCUGACAGAGACGCAGGUUGCCGCUGCGGACGGGACGACCGACAAGGGCCUUGCGACCGUGUCACUGCGCUCGCUCUUCACGCUGCUCCAGCACGCCGAAGCAACGAAAACGCUCCCGCCGCCGCGCGCAUUCAGCUUCCUGUCAAUGGCAAUCGAGGGUCGCACGACGAAUGCCCACCACGCCCAACUCAAAUGCUCAUUCGACGUGCUCAUUUUAAGCAACGGAUGGUCGAUCGUGCCGCUGCUCAGCGACAAGGUCGCGCUCGUGUCUGCCAUUGUGCAGCGCCGAAACCUGGACGGAUCGCUUCCGCCGGCCGCUCAGGAGCAGGCAACAACAACCACCACCACCACAACAACAACAACAACAACAGCGUCAACACCUUCCGUCAUGCUCGUGAAUGCACAGCACUCGCUCGUCACGUGUCGGGAAGGCCGUUACUCGGUGCAGCUCGAGGUGCUCGCGCCUUACACGACGGCGCGCGAAUCGGGCAUCAAAAUCGACGUGCUCAACGGCUGCUCUGCGAACGAGCUCUUCUUCACCGUGGAUGACCCUGACGUCGACAUUUCCGUCGAGCCAUGUCUGCGCCAGGAGGUGCUGCGCGCCACUCCGGCGACGACGGCCAUCCGAUGCCAGUUGCCUCCAACAACAAGCGUCUCGGUGCAGUGGACGCGCAAGAUUGUUGACGCGGUUGUGAGUGCGGCCACCAAGGAACAGUUGCCACUCUCUGCCGUCGUCGAACAACAGCACCUCCUUUCCGUCGGCGAAAGCCUUUACGUGGUGCUGUCGCAGUUUGACUAUACCAUUCACAACGGGUCCAUCUCGGUGAUUGAGCUCAGCAUGGACGCCAAUCUGCGCAUCUUGAACGUCGAGACCUCCACCGGCGCGCUCAAGCGCUGGGACGUCACCACCGUGCAACCGACCGACCCCCAUUUCGCCGAAGUCAAUCCUCCGUUUGAGGACGAGCCCGAAACCAAGGGCAAGCGACCUGCGCGAGCCCGCCAAGUGCUCAAGGUGGUGCUCGAGUACGGCGUGGAAAAUUCCUUUGAGCUGCGCGUGUCGUCCGAAUGCGUGCUGCCGUCCACCACCUGCUCGUUUGGCCUUCCCAUUUUCCGGCACAUCCGUGGCCCCGUCACGCGCGAGAAGGGCUACAUGGCAGUUGAGUCCAUGACCAACAUUGAGGUCGAGCAAACCGCGCAACAGAGCGCUUCCGUCAUUGACAUUUCCGAGCUCCCCACCGAGCUCCGCAAGCGUCACACAAACCCUUUGCUUCUCGCGUACAAGUAUCUGGUCCCUUCCUACACGGUGGAGCUGAGCAUCAAGAAGCACCAGGAUGUUGAUGUUCUCGUCGCAACCAUCGACCAGGCGCAGUUCGUGGCCACCGUCACCGAAGAAGGCAAAAUCAUGCACAAGCUCACCUUCCGCGUCCGCAACACGCAGCAACAGUACCUGCGCAUUGCACUGGCACCCAGCUGCGAGAUCUGGUCGACGGUCGUGUCGGGCCAGCCCGUCAAGCCCGCCCGCGACAACCUGACUGACGAUGUCAUGAUCCCGCUGGAAAAGGUGUCGGCCUCUUCCAAAGGUGGUGCUCGCGGAAGCAAUCACUCGACCUUCUUUGUUGAAAUUGUCUAUGUCAAGCGGCCCGGUGGUCUACCCUCCGCCACGUCCGAGCCAGCUGCACGCGCAGCCGCUGCUCGGCAAACCCUCACUGGACCCAGUCCCGCGGCUGCUGCCAGUCGCGACGUGCUGCUUGGAUCUCGCGAGGAUGUUCGGCCUGUCGCAUCCGAGUUUGCAAUGGGCCGCACUGGCGAGCUGUCUGUCGUCUUCCCUCGCGUGGACAUUCCCAUCAACCAUUUGUUUGUGACCCUGUACUUGCCCACUGAUUUCAUCUACGCCGAGUUUGAGGGCGAUAUGAAAGAAACCCAAUGGUUCUCCGUCUCACCUUCAGAGCCUGGACAAGACGAUCUGAAUGUGAUGGCUGGCCUCCUGGCGCCAAGUGGCCGCGCCGGUGCUCCUUCUCGUAGCAUGGCUCGUCCCUCUGCUUCGUUGGCCAUGUCCAACGCCAUCAUGCCCUCCCAAAUGUCGACCCGUGAAGUGGUUCAGGAGGAACCUCGCUCAGCGCGUCAUGCCAAGCUGGGUGUUGUGCCAGUGAAGGUGGAGAUGGUGACGGAAGGCGCGCAGUACCGUUUUGAACGCCUGUUGGUUGUUCAGCAACCCAUUCGGAUUAGCGUGCCCUACAAGCGAGUGGAGCGACGCGACUGGAAGCCCCGACGCGUUGAUUCCGCGUGCAUCGCAAGUUGGUGUUCAGUGUUGUGUGAGACGGUUGUUGUUGUUUUUGCUGUUGUUGUUGUUGUUGUUGUUGUUGUUGUUGUUGUUGUUGUUGUUGUUGUUGUGUUUUGUGAGUUUGUCAGAGUUUGUCCGAGUUUUAUCAGAGUUUGUCUGAUUUUGUUCUUGUUUUGC